CGGAGGGAGAGUGGUACAUGCUGCUUCCCGCAGCUGGACGUGGCAGUGCCCACCGGCCCCGCUGCCCGAGCCCAGGAGCCCGGCUCCCCGUGCCUCGCUCUCUGCAGCCAGAGAAACGUCUGCGUGCUCCACUUCCCGAGGACGCCCGUUGCCGGUCGCUGAGCUCCUGCCCCAGCCGUAAGGAGAGGGGACUAUUUCGGCUGGUUUUAUGUACAUGGCCUGGAUGGAGCCUUCCUCCACUGCCCUGGGGAAGACGAAGGAACUCAUCAAGCACGGCCGUGAGAGGAUAGGACAAACCAUCAAGGCCUCCGGCUCCAGGCUCUGCUCAUAUGCUGAACGAGUUGCUUUUUUAAUGGAUCGUUCACGGAGCCCGGACAAAAGCACCCAGCCUCCGACACCAACUGACAACAUCAACCUUGGACCUUCUGCUAACCCCAAUGCCAAGCCAACAGACUUUGACUUCCUGAAGGUUAUUGGCAAAGGAAGCUUUGGAAAAGUUCUUCUGGCCAAACGCAAGUGUGAUGGGACUUUUUAUGCAGUGAAAGUCUUGCAUAAGAAAACCAUCCUAAAGAAAAAGGAGCAAAACCACAUCAUGGCAGAACGCAACGUGCUCCUGAAAAAUGUGAAGCACCCCUUCCUUGUGGGACUCCAUUACUCCUUCCAGACCUCGGAGAAGCUUUACUUUGUGCUUGACUAUGUAAAUGGAGGCGAGCUCUUCUUCCACUUGCAAAGGGAGCGCUGUUUCCGUGAACCCCGGGCCCGAUUCUAUGCUGCAGAAGUUGCUAGUGCUAUUGGGUACCUGCAUUCCUUAAACAUCAUUUACAGGGACUUAAAACCUGAGAACAUUCUCCUGGAUUGCCAGGGACACAUAGUAUUGACAGACUUUGGACUCUGCAAAGAAGGAAUGGAGCAAGAGGAGACAACUUGUACUUUUUGUGGCACUCCUGAGUACCUGGCACCAGAGGUGCUAAAGAAGCAGCCAUAUGACAGGACAGUAGACUGGUGGUGCCUGGGAGCCGUUCUCUAUGAGAUGCUGUUUGGACUGCCUCCUUUUUACAGCCGGGAUGUGUCUCAGAUGUAUGACAACAUUCUGCACAAGCCACUCCAGAUCCAAGGAAGCAAGACUGUGGCAGCUUGUGACAUUCUCCAGGGACUUCUCCAUAAGGACCAGAAGAGGAGGCUGGGUGCCAAGACAGACUUUCUUGAGAUAAAGAACCACGUAUUCUUCAGCCCAAUAAACUGGGAUGACUUGUACCACAAGAGGAUUACUCCUCCAUUUAACCCCAAUGUGGCUGGUCCAGCUGAUCUGCGACACUUUGAUCCAGAGUUCACCCAAGAAGCGAUCUCCACCUCCAUCACCCACACACCUGACCCAGCAGCCAGCAGCUCCAGUGCCUCAGAUGCAUUUUUAGGAUUUUCUUAUGCACCAACUGAAGAGGACAUCUAGGUUUUAUAAAGGCUUUGAGAAGCCAGAUUUUAACUGAAUGGGUUUUAUGUUUGUGGGUGUAUUUUUUUCUUCUUUGAAAGGAUUGAUACUGUCCUUUUGCUCAUGGUUUAAGGAAAUUGGGACUAAUACACUAACUGGCUGGAACAGAGCUCUA